AUUCCUCAGUAAUUUCUUCUCGGUCGGGAGGAAAAAAAAAAUGAUAUCAGGGGCCUAUCUUUGGAAGAAUUUUUGGAUUAUUGAGAUUUUUGGAAUCAAUAACCGUGGCAGUUCUGUUUUUAUAUGAUAUACUGCUUCUUCGGGGUCGAUAUACUCACGGUUUAGUUGUGGGACGCGUCUUUCUUACAACUCGGCGAUAUAUCUGAGCGAAAUAUAUACGUGCGGGGUGGAGAAUGUGGCAACAGUGUAUUUGUGAAACCGAUCUCUCAGGAGUUUGUGCUCCGUAGGGACGAGUCGAGAGAACGUACCUGUGUGGUAUUAUCCUAUUUCGGUUGGGGUAAAUGGGAAUUGCUGCAAUUGUGAGAUGUGAUUCUGGUGGAUAACCAGGAGUUACUUGUCGAGGUGUUGAUUUUCGAUUGAGUGCAAAAUUUAUUCAAUUGGUGAACGCAAUUUAUUGUUCUCUCACUUUUUUAUUCAUAUUUUUGAAUUCAACGCGUGCGCAUUGAGUGGGAGGUGAAGGAUUGUGUAUCGCAUAUUUUUUGGAAAUUGGAUAUUUUAUUUUGAAUUAUUUUGGGGAGGGGCGAACGAAUUUUGGUCGAACCCGUGAUAAUGAGUUGAGGCGGUCGGCCUUCACCGAGAAUCACAACAAAGUACACGUGAGGAUUCCCAGGUUGAAUAAAAUGGGGACUAGAGCGUUGGGAGUGGGGGCGAGCACGAGUUCAACGGGUGUUCUAGGAGAGGCUGGACUUGCUGGUGUUCCACGCCUCCUCGAGGACCUGGCUAGACUCUCAGAGGACAAGGACUCAGCAGACAUUGUUUUUCUCCUUGGAAGGGAUGAGACACCCGUCUAUGGCCAUCGUAUAAUCCUCCAAGCCAGAUGUAAAAAUUUUACGGCCCCGAAGCGGAUCGGAGGAUCGGGGAAUCCCACCCCCGUCCGAAUGCCACACGCACAUCCCGAAACAUUCAGGCAAUUCAUGCACUACGUCUACACUGGCAAGAUUAUGCUCCAGGACAGCGGUAUCUUCGAGAUGCUGGCACUUGCACAGGAAUUGGGUGUCGAGGAGCUUUGGCGUAGCUGCGAGGAACAUGUUUCUGCAACACUGAGUCCUGGUAAUGCAUGUGCACUUCUGACAGCCGCCCUCGAUGCCCAGGAGAGAGUCCUCGGUGGCAAGGGUGCCUGUUCCUCAUUCAUCGAGCGAUGCUACACCUUCAUCGGAGAGAAUGCUCUGGACACCGUGAAGACAACAGCCUUCUGCAAUCUUCCGAAAGAUGCACUUGUUAAAUUGAUCUCAUCGGAUUAUCUGGGGCUGGAAGAGGAAGACGUCUGGAGGGCUGUUCUGAACUGGGCUAAAUACCAGGCAGGUGUAACCCAGCCAACUCAACACUGGACUGAGGAAGAACGAGCUAGAGUCUGUCAACACCUUGCUGGAGUGAUAAAUCACGUGAGACUUCUCCUCAUCGACAGUCAUGUAUUUGCUGAAGAGGUCGAACCCACUGGAGCUGUUCCCAUUGAGCUAUCCCUCGAGAGAUACAGAUUUGCAGCAGUUCCCAAUAAAUACGCGGAGAAUUGUACAGACAAACGUCUUCAGCCUCGAGUCGGUCCCCUGAUGUUCCCAAACUCCCAAAUCCUCUCACAAGAUAAAAUGGGGUAUCAGAGACUCUUAAACCAGUGGUACGGCAUAUCGAAGCAAAAUUGGAGACUGAUUUACAGAGCAUCGAAUCACGGAUAUUCAGCUGCAGCUUUUCAUCGUCACUGCGAUGGCAUCGCCCCUACAUUCACGAUAGCUUUGGGAACACGUGGCGAAAUCUGCGGAGGGUUCAGCGAUGUCGCCUGGGACAAGACAACCACGAAGGGUCAAUACAUAUCCUCCGAGAAGGCUUUUCUCUUCACACUCACUAAUAAUCAAGACGUUCCCCCCACGAAAUACGACUUGAUCAAAAAAUCCUUCGCCAUCUGCUAUCACCCAGACAUUGGUCCCAUAUUUGGAGCGGGUGCAGACUUGAUGAUCGCGAACAACUGCAAUAACAAUCUGGAGAGCUAUAGUAAUUUGCCCCACAGUUACGACGGUGAAAACGCUUCCAACACGAUUUUAAUGGGUGAUUAUCACUUCAACGUUGUAGACUACGAAGUAUUCACACUCAAUCAUCUUCCCCCAAAAUCUGACAGGCACUGAUCCCAUUUUUUGUCCAUUUUCUGAAAUAAUACUACUCUGAAAUUUAAUGUCAAUUAAAAAAUAAUUAAAAAAUUAUA